CAGGAAGUUUAAACCCAGCUUUGACAGCGGGCUGAUUUGAAUUUAGUUUUGUAUUUUGGGACAUUUUCAUCUUUAAGAUCCAGGUGCAGUCAUGUCUGAGGGGCUGUUGAUGCAGGUGGGACCGUCUGUCCUCAUACAGUCGGCCUAUCAGAGCGAGCCGUCGGCACACCUGGACAGGGGGGCGGGGCUUCGGGGUGAGGGCGGGGCCAUUCAGGUGAGCGCAUACUGUAAAGAGCUGCUGAUGAGAGGAGGAAUAGAAUUCAGCUUCGAAGAGCUGAGAGCCGAAAGAUUCAACCAACGACAAAAACAGCAGCUGGAUGAAAAGCUGCAGCAGCUGAAGGAGGUGAAGGAGCAGCUGAGUCAGGAGCUGGAGUUCAAGAAGAAACUUCUGCUGCUCAGGAGGAGUCAACAGGUGGACCAGGAAGCCUCUCAGAUCAGUGACUCUGCCGGACCUGCAGCUGCCUCCUCCUUCCAGAUCUAUGAUGAGCCUCAGCCUGCUGCUGCACAGCCUGUGAUCAUCAGGUGA